GUCUCCCCUGUGCUCAGACUCGUCGUCGGGCUCCGAGGAGGAGGCGGGGCCAGGCGACGACAUGACGGGCAUGGAGCACUGGAUGAGCCGCCCCUCCCAGCUUGGCCCCGCCCACCUCGGCUCCACAUCUUCCUCCUCGUCGUCCACUCAGAGUGGAGGCAGUGGGAACGCCGGGCGGCUCGCCGACUCUCUGGCGCACACCCACAUCUCCCAUCUGGCCCACCUGGGGCACCCGCACCUCGGCCAGUCGCACCACCAGCAGAGCCUCCUGUCACAGUCGCUUCACGGGAUCGGCCACCUGUCUCUGAAGAGGAAAGGAGCUCUGAGUGUGGCGGAGAACGGCGGCUCUCUGCGGCGGUCCUGCGAGUUUGGAUCCGACAUGCUGUGGCCGCCGCCUCGGGAGUCAGACGAGAACCAUUCUGCGCCUCCGGACGUGACGGGAUAUUCAUCGGACUCGUCCCACUCCCACACAGAACGUCACCCCAUGUCCAACAUGGGAACAAUCGCCAGGAGCACGCAGAAGUACGGCAACGCGGAGCGCAUGGAGACAGGCGACGGUGUUCCAGUGAGCAGUCGAGUGUCGGCUAAGAUCCAGCAGCUUGUUAACACGCUGAAGCAGCCCCGCAGACCACCGCUGCGCGAGUUCUUCGUUGAUGACUUUGAUGAGCUUCUAGAGGUCCAGCAGCCGGACCCCAACCAGCCUCGGCCAGAGGGGGCGGAGAUGAUGCCGGUGAGGGGGGAGCCGCUGGGUGUGGUCACAAACUGGCCUCCUUCCCUGGAGGCGGCGCUCCAACGCUGGGGGACCAUCUCCCCUAAAGCCCCCUGCCUCACCAGCCUGGACACGGCAGGGAAGCCCCUCUAUGUGCUCACAUACGGGAAGCUGUGGUCCCGCAGCAUCAAGCUGGCCUACAACAUCCUGCACAAACUGGGCAGCAAGCAGGAGCCCAUGGUGCGACCAGGCGAUCGGGUGGCGCUGGUGUUCCCUAACAACGAUCCGGUGGCCUUCAUGGUGGCCUUCUAUGGCUGUCUGCUGGCCGAGGUGGUUCCCGUUCCCAUAGAGGUCCCGCUAAGUCGCAAAGAUGCAGGGAGCCAGCAGAUCGGGUUUUUAUUGGGUAGCUGUGGCGUUACCGUGGCGCUGACCAGCGAUGCCUGCCAUAAGGGUCUUCCAAAGAGCGCAACAGGAGAGAUCCCACAGUUCAAAGGAUGGCCCAAGCUGCUGUGGUUUGUGACGGAGUCCAAGCACCUCUCCAAGCCUCCCAGAGACUGGUUCCCACACAUCAAAGAUGCAAACAAUGACACUGCUUACAUAGAGUAUAAAACCUGUAAGGACGGCAGCGUGCUGGGAGUCACAGUGACGAGGAUCGCUUUGCUAACACACAGUCAGGCUCUCACCCAGUCCUGCAGCUACACCGAGGCGGAAACCAUUGUGAACGUCUUGGACUUUAAGAAGGAUGUGGGAUUGUGGCAUGGCAUCCUGACGAGCGUGAUGAACAUGAUGCACGUGAUCAGCGUGCCGUACUCCCUGAUGAAGGUCAACCCUCUGUCGUGGAUCCAGAAAGUCUGCCAGUACAAAGCCAAAGUGGCCUGCGUGAAGUCCAGAGACAUGCACUGGGCUCUUGUGGCCCACAAAGACCAGAAGGACAUCAACCUGAGCUCGCUACGGAUGCUGCUGGUCGCCGACGGAUCCAACCCCUGGUCCAUCUCCUCCUGUGACGCCUUCCUCAACGUCUUUCAGACCAAAGGGCUGAGGGCCGAGGUCAUCUGUCCCUGCGCCAGCUCCCCUGAAGCCUUGACGGUCGCCAUCAGGAGGCCGGUGGAGGACAGCAGCCAGCCUCCAGGCCGUGGCGUCCUGUCCAUGCAGGGUCUAAGCUAUGGAGUCGUCAGAGUGGACACAGAGGAGCGGCUGUCUGUGCUCACCGUGCAGGACGUUGGCACCGUCACCCCAGGAGGUCUUGUGUGCGUGGUUAAACCGGAGGGCGUCCCUCAGCUUUGUCAGACGGACGAGAUCGGCGAACUCUGCGUCUGCUCCAUCGCCACGGGAACGUCCUAUUAUGGCCUGACGGGAAUGACAAAGAACACCUUUGAGGUGUAUCCAGUGAGCUCCAGCGGGGGUCUGAUCAGCGAGUACGCCUUCGUCCGGACCGGCCUGCUGGGCUUCAUCGGACCCGGCGGCCUCGUCUUCAUCACAGGGAAAAUGGACGGGCUCAUCAUGGUGAGCGGGCGGAGGCAUAACGCAGACGACAUCGUGGCCACGGCGCUGGCGGUGGAACCCAUGAAGUUCGUCUACAGAGGGCGGAUAGCCGUGUUCUCUGUGACGGUGCUGAGGGAUGAGCGGAUCGUGGUGGUGGCUGAGCAGAGGCCAGACUCCACGGAGGAGGACAGCUUCCAGUGGAUGAGCCGGGUUCUGCAGGCCAUAGACAGCAUCCAUGGGGUGGGCGUCUUCUGUCUGGCUUUGGUUCCGGCCAACACCCUUCCCAAGACUCCUCUAGGCGGCAUCCACCUGUCAGAGAUCAAGCAGCUGUAUCUGGAGGGGGGGCUGCACCCGUGCAACGUCCUGAUGUGCCCCCACACCUGCGUCACCAACCUGCCCAAGCCGCGGCAGAAACAGCCAGAGAUCGGACCCGCCUCCGUGAUGGUGGGGAAUCUGGUGUCGGGGAAGAGGAUAGCUCAGGCCAGUGGCAGAGACCUGGGACAGACCGACGACAACGACCAGUUCCUGUUCCUGUCAGAGAUCCUGCAGUGGAGAGCCCAGACCACUCCAGACCACGUCCUCUACACCCUCCUCAGCUCGCGGGGGGCGGUGUCCAACUCCCUCACCUGCCUGCAGCUGCAUAAGAGGGCGGAGCGAGUGGCAGCUCUGCUGAUGGAGAGAGGAGGCCUACAGGAGGGAGACCACGUGGCUUUGGUUUACCCACCAGGGAUCGACCUGAUCGCAGCUUUCUAUGGCUGCCUGUACGCCGGCUGUGUUCCCAUCACAGUGCGACCGCCUCAUCCUCAGAACAUCUCCACCACGCUGCCCACCGUCAAGAUGAUCGUGGAGGUCAGUCACUCGGCCUGCGUGAUGACGACGGCCGUCAUCUGCAAGCUGCUGCGCUCCAAGGAGGCUACGGCCACCGUGGACAUCAGGAACUGGCCUCCAGUUCUGGAUACCGAUGACCUGCCAAAGAAGAAGCCCCCGGCGCUCUAUAAGCCCACCAACCCAGACGGCUUGGCCUAUCUGGACUUCAGCGUGUCCACGACCGGCAUGCUGGCUGGAGUUCAGAUGUCCCAUAAUGCCGUUGGAGCCUUUUGCCGCUCGGUGAAGCUGCAGUGUGAGCUGUACCCGUCCAGAGAGGUGGCCAUCUGUCUGGAUCCAUACUGCGGCCUGGGCUUCGUCCUCUGGUGUCUCUGCAGUGUUUAUUCCGGCCACCAGUCCAUCCUGAUCCCACCGGUGGAGCUGGAGACCAACCCGGCUCUGUGGCUGCUGGCCGUCAGCCAGCUGAGGGUGAGGGACACCUUCUGCUCCUACAGCGUCAUGGAGCUCUGCACCAAAGGACUGGGCCUGCAGACCGAAGCUCUGAAGGCCAGAGGUCUGGAUCUGUCUCGGGUUCGGGCCUGUGUGGUUGUGGCUGAGGAGAGGCCCAGGAUGGCGCUGACACUCUCCUUCUCCAAGCUCUUCAAAGACCUGGGCCUUCAUCCUCGAUCUGUCAGCACAGCGUUUGGCUGCAGGGUCAACCUGGCCAUCUGUCUGCAGGGCACCUCAGGCCCCGACCCCACCACCGUGUACGUGGACAUGAGAGCGCUGCGCCAUGACAGGGUUCGGUUGGUAGAGAGAGGGUCGCCCCACAGUCUGCCGCUGAUGGAGUCUGGGAAGAUCCUGCCAGGAGUUCGUAUCAUCAUCGCCAACCCGGAGACCAAAGGACCGCUGGGAGACUCCCAUCUCGGAGAGAUCUGGGUUCACAGCGCUCAUAACGGCAGCGGUUACUACAGCGGUUACGGCGAGGAGGUCCUCCAGUCGGACCACUUCAGCUCCAGGCUCAGCUUCGGGGACACUCAGACGGUCUGGGCCAGGACGGGCUACCUGGGCUUCCUGCGCCGCACCGAGCUCACUGAUGCCAACGGAGAGAGGCACGAUGCUCUGUUUGUGGUCGGAGCUCUGGAGGAGGCCAUGGAGCUGCGGGGGAUGCGGUACCAUCCCAUAGACAUCGAGACCUCCGUCAUCCGCGCGCACAAGAGCAUCAUGGAGUGCGCCGUCUUCACCUGGACCAACCUGCUGGUGGUGGUGGUGGAGCUGGAGGGCUCUGAGCAGGAAGCCCUGGACCUGGUUCCUAUGGUGACCAAGGCCGUGCUGGAGGAGCACUACCUGAUCGUGGGUGUCGUCGUGGUGACGGACGUCGGCGUCAUCCCCAUCAACUCCCGUGGCGAGAAGCAGCGCAUGCACCUCCGCGACGGCUUCCUCCAAGACCAGCUGGACCCCAUCUACGUGGCCUACAACAUGUAGCCUGGCUGCCUGUGAGAGAGAGAGCGCAUGGGUCUGAGCGCUGCUCGUAUCGCCGCCGUCGUUCCUUCAUUCCCCAGAAAUCCACAUGUACUGUAUUUUUCAGCAUUUAUUUGAUGUGUUCUGCAGUCGUCCGUUUUCUUUCAGGUCGUGUCAUUCCAGUCGAUCGAUUUCAGCUCCCAGACUGACCGUUUUUAAACCCUCGCUCGAUCCCGUGACCAAUAGGAAGCCUUAGAGGAACACUGUGUUCAGGGCGACACGCCGUCUUUCAGAAGUACUAAACAACCGAAAGAGACCGACCAUUACUGGAAAAUCCUUGGAUCUGUGGUUCUGUUUCAAUUCAAACGUCAUGGGGCAUCAGAUUAUUGUACAAACUAUAAAUACUGUAUAUAAACAUAAUGAUCUAUAUGGAGAGGAACUAAAACACAGCGAGGUGUAGUAGCCCCUAAAUGCAGCUCUCUCCACCCGCACCCUGACUGUGUGGGAGUGUGUGUGUGUGUGUGUCUGUGUGUGUGUGUGUGUGUGUGUUGACCUGUCUGUGUCGAUGUGCGACAGGAACGUUUUCUGUCCUUUUAAAAUCGCAGAUUUUAUUCUAAGAAGAUCAAAGAACCUUUUAACCUGUGGGGGG